CAGCAGCGAAGCCGCAGUGCCCCUACCCCAAGGGGCGGUCCCGCUGGGCCGCAUCCUGAGAUGGACCAGCUCUUCCCAGAGGACGGCAGGGCGGACGGUGAGAACCCAGUCACCCGGACUGCCCGAGAGAUGGCCAAGGAGGCGUUCCUGAUGGCCCAGAGGCUGAGGAAGAGCGGGUGUGGCCUGACCAAAGAUGAGCUCAUUACCUCUGCUAGGAAAAUUGCAACUUCUGGACAAAACUUCACUAGACUCAUCUGCAUCAUUGCUAAGAACUGUGUAGAUCAACGAUGUUCCCAGGAGCUUCUGCGCAUAGUAGAGCAGAUUCAAACAAUGAGCAACCAGCUCUGCAUCAUCUCCAGGGUGAAGGCUUCUCUGGCAAGAAGCAAGUCCUCUGAAGAGCUCCUGGUGGGAAAUGCACAACAGCUCCUCCAGGCUGUGUCCAAGGCAGUGAGGGCCGCAGAAGCUGCAAGUCUCCGGGGUUUGCGACCGCCUUCCCCAGAUCCAGAGGAACUGGAAGUUGCUGCCUUUUGUAUGCAGUGGAGGAGGAAACUGCUAAGACACAGACUUCAAGAAACCUCUAACAUGGACUGUGAUGAACUCAGCCUGAGAAAAACAAGCACUAAAACACCCUCAACAUUUGUGGCCCUGGUUCAAGAUUUAUAGAUUAGACUGGGGAGGUCAGAGCUUAUUUUCCUCAGAUAUUUAGGCACUGUUCAAAUUCUGAAGUGACGGGGAAAAGGUUGUGUUUGUCAAAGGAUAGGAUGCAAGGACUCCAAGUCUAGAGGUGCUGGGCCCUUAUUUGGGGAGUGUGGGAGGGAGAGAAUCAGAUGGAUGCCCAGGCCUUGCCAGAGUCAGUGGGAAUCUCUCAGUUCUCCAACAUCUUUCACAAAAUGUAUUUGGUAGAAAACGAGGAAAAGUAGAGUGAGGAGAACUUCACUGCAGAGGCUGAGCGUCAGAAGCCAGAAACAAGACUAAGUCUCCAUCCAAGGGACAAGAAGGCGGGCUGGGGAUCCUGAAGAUCAGGGCAGGGGUCUAGCUUGUUUGAGCGACACCACGUAAGGCUCCUACGUGCUGGUGCAGCUCCCAGCAACAUCAGUCCUCCAGGCCAACUCUAGAUGACUGAAUUUCCCACAGUCCAGUGGGAGGGUGGCUUGGAUUCAGUUAAGAGAAUUCUUUUUCACGUUUAAAACAUGGGGUACAAUUAAGGGAGUUUUGACAUGUAUACCCCGGUGAAACUCUAACACGGUCAAGAUCGUGGAUGUGUGGAGCUUUCCAAACCGUCCUCAUGCGCUUCUCCAAUCACUUCUUUUUCUUUUCAUUCCACUCCUGCAAGAACUGAUCUGUUUUGAUCUUUAAAAAUCAAUUUGCAUUUUCUAGAAUUUUCAUAAAAAGGAACCACACAGCCAGCAUUCUUUACCCCCUUGGGUUUCUCUCAUUCAGGCUAAUUAUUUUGACCUUUAUGUCGCUGCGUGUAUCAGUGAUUCAUUUCUGUUCAGUGCCCAUGCUGAUCAUAAUUGUCAAAAGCACAACUCCCAAUGUCAUGAUCACCAAUGUGGAAAGCCCCAAAGAUUAAAAUCUCUAGAAUCAUUGUCCUAAAUAAAUUAAAUCCUGAAAGCUGAAAUUUUGAAAACUCUA